GGAUCUACAUAAAAGGAAAACAGAUUUGAUCACAGAUCAUCAUCUCCAUCGUAUCAUCUAACAGCUUCAAUCACAAAUCAUAUCAUCUAAUCUCCGCUGUCAACGUUUUCUAUUUAUUGUGUAUAUUUUGUUUUCCUUACAUAGUCUUAUAGUCUCUGUAUAAGAACGAUGUAAUUCAUGUCAAUAAGAUACAUUCAGCUUUACAUUUCUUUAUGGUAUCAGAGCUUAGAGAUACCUAGACCUCAAAGUUUUUUUUUUUUUCUUUCUUUUCUCUUUUGUUCUUCUCCUGCUUCAAAUCUCUCUUAAUCAUGUCUCUUUCCAAUGAAUCCCCUGUUCCUACAGACGAAAAUGUCUCUGCUGAAACUGUCCCGACAAAUCCUACCUCUCUUCUUCAUGUCAAUAUGACAAAUGUUACUAAGCUCACCACUACCAACUAUCUCAUGUGGAGUAGACAAGUUCAUGCUCUCUUUGAUGGGUAUGACUUGGCUGCUUAUCUUGAUGGUUCCAAGCAGUACCCAGAUGCCACAAUCAAUGUCAAUGGUGUCAGCUCUCCCAAUCCAGCGUUUGCUCAUUGUCAACGUCAAGACAAACUCUUGUACAACGCCCUCCUUGGUGCUAUUUCAGUGUCUGUUCAGCCACUGCUCUCCCGUGCCAACUCUGCCGCUGAGAUCUGGAGCACCCUUGCUUCCACUUAUGCCAAGCCUAGCCGUGGUCACAUCCGUCAAAUCAAGCUCCAGCUCAAACAAUGGAAGAAAGCCAACAAACCCAUUGAUGUGUACGUCCAAGGUCUCACCACCCGUUUCGAUGAACUUGCUCUUCUUGGGAAAUCACUUGACCAUGAAGAUCAAGUCGAGAUCAUCCUUGAAGGUUUGCCCGAUGAAUACAAAUCCAUUGUUGACCAAGUGGAAGGUCGUGACACACCACCAACGUUGACGGAGCUCCAUGAAAAGCUUAUCAACCAUGAGUCAAAGCUUUUGUCGACUCAACCACUUCUACCAACACCUGUGAGUGCCAAUCCUGCAGUCCACCAGCGCACCACCAACCACGGCAACCGUUUCAACAAACCCAAUCAGCGCAACACCAACUGGACUCCUUCCCCACGUCACUCACAUGACUCCAGGUCGCCUCGUCCGUACCUUGGCCGCUGUCAAAUUUGUGGCAUCACAGGCCACAGUGCACGACGUUGCCCACAACUGUCAAUGCCGCAGCUCCCACCUGCAUCUCCUACACCUUGGCAACCACGAGCCCAUUUCACUACUGCAAACCCUGCUGCUGCCAACCCUUGGGUAUUUGAUUCCGGUGCUACGCACCACAUCUCCUCUGAUCUUGCCAAUCUCAGUCUCCAUCAGCCAUACACCGGUGGGGAACAAGUGGUAAUUGGUGAUGGUAAAGGUCUCUCGAUCACUCACACUGGUGAAGGAUCUGAGUACGGGGACCCCGUUGCUCCAAGGACGAACUAACAAUGAGCUCUAUGAGUG